AUGAACAUAGAAGAGUUAAAGGAAGCUAUUAAAAGAAUUGGGUAGUGUUAAUAAGAGUAAGUAAAAUCUAAUAACAUUAGGUCUUAAUAGGAUUUAGAUAUUGUGUUGUAACAAAUCUAACACCCUGUAGGAUUGGAUUUAUUGUUUCAAUGUGCAAAGAACGUAAUAGAAUUCAGACAAUACACAAUGUUUUGGAAAGUAAGUAUCAUCUUAUUAUGAAUAGUCUGCGAAUAAAAUCUUGAUGAACAUAGUGAAGUUGUGUUUAAAUAAUCAGGAUUAAUUGAAAGCCUGGGAGACAAUGCGUCUAACCAUAGAUCCAGAUAAACAUUUCUAUAAAUGCCAUGAGUUAGUAUAGAUGGAUGAGGAUUAGGUAAUAGAAUCCAAUAGAUUUUUAGUUUUCGCAUCAGGAAUUCACUUAAUAAGAGUUUUGUGCAAAUCUAUUGGAUGGAUAAUAUGUAGAUGCAUUAUAUGAGGAUGAAAAGGGCAAUGUGAUUGGAUGGUGUAGGGCAAAUAUUGUUAAGAUUAAUGAGAAAUAUGUUUGGGUCAAAUGGCAUGACAAUGAGGGAAAGAGAAAGAUUGCUCGAUAUUCAAUGGAUUUGGCUCCAUAUAAAAGUCAAGUGACAGAUGAAGAAUGGAAUUGGAGACAUUCUCUUUGUGUUGGCGAUAUUAUAGAUUGUUUUGAUAAUCGUGUAUGGUAGAAUGCUACUAUUAUUACUGCAUUAAAUGAAGAAGAGAAGGAGUAUCUUGUUGGAUUUAGAGUGUAUGAUGAAAAGGGCAAUUAAUAUGAUUAAUAAAGUAGGAGAUUCUUUGGUUGGAAUUAAUAAUAUGAUGAAAGAAUUAAAGCAGUGAGUCCAAGAAUUUAGAAAAGAAAUUUAUUUUCAAGAGGACAACCUUCUAAUCCUCAUUGUUAAGAGGAAAUUAUCCAUGAUUGUAAUGAUUUUCUUUAUCCAAACACUGAUUAUGCAGUACCACGAUUUUAAACUAAAUAAGCUAGGAGAUCUAUUGUUAUUUGUGAAAUGAUCAAUGAAUUUGGUCGGGCUGGAUUAUUUUAAUACAUAUUAGAUUAAAUUCUCAAUAAAUGCACCAUAGAUUUCUUACAUGCAUAUAUGUUAUUAUUGAAUAAUUUCCAUGAAAUGUUACAUAGAUAAUUUGUUUAAACUUAUGUUCCAUAAUUAUUUGAAGCAGUUUAAAAUAAUAUUUUAUUAUCAGCUGAUAACAAUCUUAGAAACUUCACAUUAUAAAAGAUAACUGAUAUUUUAUAAACAUUAAGUAAUUUAUUGAAAAGAGUUUAUGCAUUACAAAAAAGAUAGGAAAUGAUAGAUAGAUUGGAUUUGGAUAUAGCUUAUAAGUGUUUUACAAGUGAUUUUUUAGAAAGAAAGAUUUAAGGUUUAAAGGCAAUUUAAGAGUUAAUAAAGAAGACAAAAGAUUAAUAUAAUCAAUAUGGAAUGUAAGAAUAGUAAAAACAGGCAACUACAUAAAUGAUAUUGGAAUGGUUAAAUGAGAAGAAGAUUUUUGAGAGUCUUUAUGUUGGGUCUGGAAAUUCUCAUUUAGUAUAAAGAAGUGCAGAAUUCUUUAAGUUUUUGAUAGAGGAGAAAAUGAUUAGCUUAAAUAAUUUCAAAGAUAUAUGGAAUAAUUUAGAAAAAGCUGAAUAUGAACAUAAAUUAGCUAUCUUUAAAUUAUUUAAAGAUGUUUCAAACUCUUUAGAAAAGGAAUGGUUAGAUUUCUUGACUGAUGCUGUAUGUACUAAAGAUCCAAAGGAUAUCACUAAGGAUGAUUUGGAAUUAUUACUUGAUAUAAUUAAGAUUAAUUUUAGAUAUAAAGAUGAGUAUAUCUAGAAAUGUUGUAAUUAUUAUUGGACAGUAUUGAAGAGUGGAUAAUUGAAUUAAAUAAUGUUGGAAUAAUAUAUAUCAUAUUAUAUUGAUUAAGUAACAUAAUAUGAAAUGAGACCACAUAAAGGAGCCUAGAUUAGUAUGAUUGGAGAAAGUAUUGUGAAAGGAGAAUAAGUUAAUGUAGGUUUGAGAGUGUUAAUUAAGUUGAUAGAGAAAUUAGACAUUUAACCAGUAGCUUGGGAAUAAUAUACAAGAAAUGUGGCAUUGACAGAUUUGGAAAGUAAAUUUAAAAUAGUUGAAGAGAUAAUUAAAUCUAUUCCUGAAUUAAAAAAAUAAAAAGAUUAUUUUGAUGAAAUCAAGAUUAGAAUGUAAUUUAUUUAAUUCUUCUAUUAAAACAUAAAUACUUAUGAAUAUAGAUUAACUUUUAAUAUCAUUUCAAGUAUAUGGGAAUAAUUGGUUUGUUAAUCAUCUAGUCAAUAAGAAAAAGAUUUAGUGUAUAAAUGGUUUAGUGCAUUAUCAACUUAAGAUGGACAAUCACAAUUAACAUCUAUGGUGGCUAUAUAAGAUCUUAAAUCAUUUUUCAAUGAGAAAAUGACAAAUGAUCUUAUUUAAUUGACUGAAGAAGGAUUUAAUUGUUUUAAGACAGUUUUGACAGCAAUAAAUAAAUAAUAAGAAAAUGGUUUUGGACUUGAUGUGUUGUGGAAAAUGAUUUUAGAAACAGAAAAUGAGAAAGUUUCUUUAUCUGCAAUAGAUUAUUAUCUUUAAUUUUAAAGUACAUUAGAUGUUUUAUUCAAUAAAUUAUAAGAAAAUAGAAAUAAUGAUUAGAAAUUAUAUAGGUGUUUAUUAGUAUUAGAAGGAUUCAUAGAUUAAAGUGAAGUGGAUGGAGUAGGUAAUUUAAAGAGUUUGAAUGCUUUAUCAUAAGGAGAAGAAUUGUAAAUAUAAGUUUCAUAUGAACAUGGAAAUUAAAAGAAAUUUACUAUAAAAAUAAAUGAUAAUUAAACUAUUAUUGAAUUGAGAUUAGCAAUUAGUAAAGUUAUUAAAUAAUAAUGGGAUUCAAUUGGAUUGAAUAGUUUGAAAGGUGAAAUUAAGUUUACUGAUAAUGGUAAGAUGAUUAAAGAUUUAAGAUUAAAAAAGGGGGAAAUAAUAAUGGUUUUUAGAAAAUAAGUAAAAGAAAUACCAGAAGUUAAUCUAUUGAAUGGAGAUGAAUUAUCAGAGCCUGCAAAAUAAGUAUUUGGUGAAAUCUUUACUGAUUAUUCAACUGAUGGUAAAAUGAGUAAAGAAGAUUGUACUAGAUUUGUUACUGGUUGUACAGGUAAUCCUUGUAGUAUUGAUGAUGCCAAUAUCUAAAGAACAUUUGAAUAAUAUGAUAAGGAUAAAGAUUCCAUUUUAACUUUGAAUGAUUUCUUAGAUUUUUACACUGAUUCUGCAAGAACAAAGAAAUCAACAGUCUGGUUAAAUCUUUAAACUUUACAUUAUAGAAAUGAUCUUAUUAGAGGAGAUAGAGUACCUUUACCUUUAGUGAAUGCACAAUUAUUACCAAGAGGAUAAAUUGUAUAGAAUCAAAGGUAUUUGGAUUUGCUCUUUGAUCUUUUAUAGAAUUCAAGUAAUGAAGUUUAAGAGAAAACUUGGUAUUUAUUAAGAAGAUUACCUCCCUCACCAUAAUUGAUUAAGUAGAUGCUCACUUUUGAGAAUAUCUAAUAACCAACUGAUUGGGAUUAGAUUUUAGUUAGUAGUCAUUAUAGAUUAUUGUACAGUCUAUAUAUUAUUGAAUUUCUGAUGAAUCAAUAUGAUUCAAAUAAUUUAUAAGCAUUAAUAGAUGAUCAAGAAAUACUUGUUUUGAAGGAUAAAUGGAUGAGUAAGUUUUUAUAAUUAGGUGGAUUCGAUAAGUUAUUACAAUUCUUUAAAUAAUAUUAAGGAAGGAGUGUAAGUAAUUUACCUCAAAUUGAGAAAGAAAUCUUAUCAUUCCUUUUAAAUACAUUCUAAAAUUAUAUUAUUGCUGCUUGUGCUACUAAUGUUGCUAAUUUGUAUAAGGCAUCAAGAGGUAUUUAAAUAAUUAAACCUUUGGAUCAAGUAUUAUUAGAUAUCAGAUAAUCAGAAGAUCCUGAAGAGUUUAAAUUAUUAGUAUAAAAAUUGAAAGAGAGUCGUCUUGGUGAUAGUAUCACUGAGAAGAUUGAAAAAUUCAUUAGUGUCUUAAUUAAUUUAAUUUAAGAAUUACUUAAGAGUAAUGAAUUAGAAUAAGAAGAUAGAUAAAUUAUUGAACAUAGUGUUAUAAUAAUAAUUGUAAUAUUAUUACAUAAUUAAGAAUUAUUAACAAGUAGCAUAGAAAAUGUUGAAUUCAUUAAUAUUUUCUUUAGUGGAAUCUUUACUGAUAAAUCUGAUAGUGUACGUAAUUUAUUUAGCAGAGCAAUAUUAGUGCUUUGUCAUGAAAGUCAGAAAAGAAAUAAUUAGCCUACUAAAAUUAUAUUAUAAUAAUUGAUAUCUAUGUAAAAUCAACAAUCUAAUUCAUCAUAAUAUUAUGAAUUAUUAAGUUAAUUAAUUGACAGUGCUUUUGAGAGUGAAGACUCUUAAUAGUUUAUUGAUUAUUAAUAAUUGACUUAGUAAGUGAUUGAUGGUUUGGUUAAUCAUAAAAGUGUAGAGACUAGAUAAAAAUCUACAAAUGUUGAUAAAAUACUUAUUGGUUUAUUGAAUUUGUUAACAAAAUUGUACAAAUUCAUUAAAUAACCAAUUCAUGAUAUUAUAUUUAAUGAUUGUUUGUUUAGUCUUUAAGAUGAAAAAGAGGUAAAAUGUAAAUCAAAUGAAAGUAGAUAAACUGCAUUCAAAUUGUUAUAUUAAUUAUCUCAUCAAUAGAAUAAUUGUGAAAGCAUUCUUUUAAAUCUAUAAUAGUUGAGUUAGAAGAUUCCUAUUAUAAAUAGAUGGAAUUAUAUACCUUCAAGUGAUAUGAGAAGUUCUUUUGGUUAUUCUGGAAUAAGAAAUUUAAGAUGUAUAUGUUACAUGAAUGCUAUGCUUCAAUAAUUUUAUAUGACUAUUCCAUUUAGAUAUGGUAUAUUAUAAGCUGAUGAUGGUAAAGAACCUGAUAUGCAAUUAAGUAAAACAGGUUUUUAAUUUGAUGAUAAUGUCCUACAUCAAUUAUAAUAAAUGUUUAGUUAUUUAGAGUUAUCUGAUCGUGUUGAUUAUAAUCCUUAAGAGUUCUGUGCAGCAUUUAAGGAUUAUGCAGGAGAACCAGUCAACAUUUUUAUUUAAUAGGAUGCUCAAGAAUUUUUGAAUAUGAUUUUUGAUAAAUUAGAGAAUCUCCUUAAGGACACAGUCUAUAAGAAUAUUUUAGAUGGAGUUUUUGGAGGAAAAACCUGUACUCAAAUUGAAUGUUAGAAUUGUAAAGCUAUAAAAAAUAAGGAUGAAAUAUUUUAUAAUUUAUCUGUUCCAAUUAAGAAUCUCAAAAACUUAUAAGAAUGUUUCGAUAAGUUCGUUUAAGGUGAAAUCAUCUCAGAUUUUAAAUGUGAAAGUUGUAAUUAAAAAGUGGAUGUAAGUAAGAGAUAAUUGUUAGCUUAAUUACCAAAUGUUUUAAUAUUACAUUUAUAAAGAAUUGUAUUCAAUUUAGAUACAUUUAUGAAUGAAAAAAUUAAUUCUCGUUUAGAAUUCCCAAUUAAUUUGGAUUUAGCAUAAUAUACUAUUAAUUAAGAUCAAUGUACAUAAUAUAAGUUGGUUGGUAUAGUAGUUCAUUUGGGAACUGCUGAUGUAGGUCAUUAUUUUAGUUAUAUUGAUAUCAAAACUCAAAAUUAAUGGUUGGAAUUCAAUGAUCAUAAAAUAAAAGAAUUUAAAUUGAAAUAAAUGGAAAAUGAAUGUUUUGGUGGUUAAUCAAAUUUAGAAUAUAAUGAUAAUGAUGUUUGGGGUAAUGGUUUUAGAGAGAACUCUUAAAAUGCUUAUAUGUUAAUUUAUGAAAAAGUAGAAAAAGAUAAAAUUCAAUUAGAAUUCAAGUCUUAAGAAGAAUUAUAAUAAUAAUUGUCUAAAUUUGACAAUUAUAUUAUAUAACCAAAUAAUGUAUUAUUAGUAGAUUAUAAUUCAUUCAAACCAUAUAUUCCUAGUUAAUAUCAUAAAAAAGUGAAUAGUGAUAAUUAAUAGUUUUUAUUGGAAAGAAAUCUAUUCAACCAAGAAUUUAUGAAAUUUAUAUUAGAGAUAUGUGAUUUUGUGAAUAAUGAUAAUGCAAAUAUAAUAAUAGAAAUACUUAUUCGAUUUAAUUAUGAUUUAUUGGCUCGUGCUUAUGAUAAUUCUAUCCUUGAAUAAUUUAAUACAAAGAUUUUACAAUUGAUUUAAUAAUAUCCAAAUAGUAAUUAUCUUGAUUUAAUAUACUUUGGUAAAUAAACCAAAGUAAUAGAUCUCUUGUUAGUUUGUCCAGAAUCUAGAACUCGUAAAUACUUUGGCAAAUUAUUGUCUACCCUAUUCAAUUAAACUAUUUAAAUUUAAGGGGAAAUAACAGAAAAGAUUUCUGAAGGUUUGGAUUAAUUAUUCCUUAUGUUAUAAGAUCAAGUACCUAAGAAUUGGACACGUUUUGAUUAAUAUUUCUAAUUUUGGCUAGAUUUUCUAAAAGAAGGCAAAAUCUAAAUGUAAUAUUGUUUGGACAAAGAUAUGAUUCUGUAUAUGAUUGAUUUCAUUCUAGAUAAAAGUAGUCCAUUAUAGUUAUACGAAAAGAAAACACAAAUGGGAAAUGCUUAUUUCCCAAUUAAUUGUUAAAUUCCUAUGUAAAUUAUAAGUACUCUACUUUAAUAAAAUCAUCAACUUAGUCUUCAAGAGAAGAAAUUACUCUAUUCACCUAAAUUCUAUGAUAAAGCUCUUAAAAGUACAAAAAUUGAAGAACUAAAUCCAAUCAUUAUUAAAUUUGCUUAUAAUAAUAGAUAUUUCUCAGAAAUCAUAGCUGGAUGUAUUUUGAGAGGUCUAGGUAAUGGGGAUAUUGAUGAAUUCAAAAAUUAUCUCUAUUUGGCUAUACCAUUCUUAUUAAUUAAAGAUAAUCUACAAAUUGAAAGAUUGGAAUGGUUAGUAGGAAUCCCAUCAUCAAAAUAGAAAGAUUCAGUUAAAGUAUUUGAUGGUUAAUUAAUUGAACAUCCAUAAUUUGGAUUAUUUGGAUUAACUAGUUUAGAAGAAGAUUACUGGACAUUUGCUAGUCCUUUGGGAUGGUAAAAUAGUCUUUUUGAUAAUUUUUGCUCUCAUAGAACAAUUAAGAAUUUGGAUAAUUAAUGUUUAUUAAUACUUAAAUUAUUAUUAAUGAUUAGUCUCGAAUGUGAGACCUGUUAUAAUUAUGUCUCCAAAUUACCUUGUGUUAAUUAUCAAUAUGUAAUUAUUAUUAUUCAUUUUAUUAGAAAUACAUGGAAGAAAUUUUCAAAGCUUUCAUUGAAACAUAUAUCAUAGAUACCAAAAGAUUCUAUUCCCAAUAUCCUCGAAAACAAGAAACAGAUGAGGUUAAAGGAUAUUUGGAUUAAUAUUGUACCAAAGUUUCAUAAAUUCAUAAUGAAUUUUAACCUCAAUUUGAUUACAUUAUUGGAAAGACUAUUGAAGUUACUAAAGUCAGAAAAACCUAUUUCUUAUACAAUCCUUGUACAAAAGAAGAAAUAACAAUAGAUGAAGGAUCUGAAGGUUUUGAUGAAAUUAAAUAGUAGAUUGAAGAAAGUACUUUACAAAAGGUUCUUACAAUGGAAGUAAUUUAAUAAAAUUAUAAUUAAUAUAGGAAAAGAUAUAUACAACACAUGUUUGCGAUAAUCUACCAAAUGGAAAUACUAAUGAGUCCUUACCAUAAUAAUAUGUUAAAGGAACCUAAAUUCUUACUUAUUCUGUAGAUCCCAAUUGUUAAGCUGCAAACUUCCUCUAAUCAAAUUCUUGGAGUGCUGACAAUGAUGACAAAGCCACAGUAACUAAUCCAAGAAUUGCUAAAACUGUUAAAUAGAUUUAGAUUCAGAAUCACACUAAUAGAAAUUUACAUGUUAUCUUAGAAAUCAAAGGUGAACCAAAUCCUUGUCAUUACAUUCCAAAAUCUAAGAUUUAAUCACUUAUGAGCUCUAAGAGUUCGACUACAAUGUUCACAGCUAUUAAAAACAAUUGUAAUUAAGAAUUCCCACCCCUUUAAUUGACAUUAGUGUAUAAAAAAUAAGAGCCGAGACAAGACUCUUACCUAUAUUUAUCGUCUUCAGAUGAAAUGAAUUUGGAAUUAUUAUGA